CCUCCACUCUACCUCUCCCUCCUUUGGGAAUGAGGAAGUGAAGGCUGAGGUACAGAGGGCAGCUCACAGACCUACCCCGCAACGCUUGAACAGGAGAAAAUGGCAUCAAAGUUUGAAGAAGAUCUUACCUGUCCUGUGUGCUGUGACAUCUACAAGGAUCCUGUCUUACUGACGUGUGCUCACAGUGUGUGUAAGGCCUGUCUGCAGCAGUUCUGGGAGACGAAGGGAUCCAGAGAAUGUCCCUACUGCAGGAGGAAAUGCUCAAAAGAGUUUCCUCCACCCAAUAUGGCAUUAAGGAACUUGUGUGAGACCUUCCUACAGGAGAAGAGUCAGAGAGCUUCAACGGGGUCUGAGGUGCUCUGCCUUCAGCAUAGUGAGAAACUCAAGCUCUUUUGUCUAGAUGAUAAAGAGACAGUGUGUUUGGUUUGCAGAGACUCGAAGAAACAUAAAAAUCACAACUUCAGUCCCAUAGAUGAAGCUGCACUUGAACGCAAGGGAGAGCUCAAGAUCAAAUUGCAGCCUUUACAAGGGAAACUGAAGAAAUUAGAAGAAGUUAAACUCCUCUGUGACCAAUCUGCAGCUCACAUUAAGACCCAGGUCAAUACCACUGAGAAACAGAUCAAGGAGGAGUUUGAGAAGCUUCACCAGUUUCUACGAGAUGAAGAAGCAUCCAGGAUAGCUGCACUGAGGGAGGAAGAGGAGCAGAAGAGUCAGAUGAUGAAGGAGAAGAUUGAAAAGCUGAGCAGAGAGAUCUCAUCUCUUUCAGAAUCAGUCAAAGUCAUAGAAGAGGAGAUGGAAGCUGAUGAUGUCACAUUUCUGCAGAACUACAAGAGUACAGUGAAAAGGACUCUGGACCCCAACACUGCACACCCACGACUGAUCCUGUCUGAGGAUCUGACCAGUGUGAGACGUGGUGAUGAGGAACAGCAGCUGCCUGAUAAUCCAGAGAGAUUUGAUCUCGUUCUCUCUGUCCUGGGCUCUGAUGGCUUUAACUCAGGGACACACUGCUGGGAUGUGGAGGUUGGGGACAACACUUGGUGGAGUGUGGGUGUGACGGCAGAGUCUCUCCAGAGGAAGGGAGACUUCGAAUCCUUGAGUGGGUGGUGGUGUCUGUAUAAUAAUAAUGGUAAAUAUGGAGAGUAUGCCCCACCACAGCCCCCCACUCUCCUCACAGUGAAGCAGAAACUCCAGAGGAUCAGAGUGCAGCUGGACUGGGACAGAGGAAAGCUGUCAUUCUCUGAUCCUGAUAAUAACACACAUUUACACACCUUCACACACACUUUCACUGAGAGAAUGUUUCCAUAUUUUAAUACUAUUUCUAAAGUAUGUCCUCUGAGGAUGCUACCAGUGAAGACCUCGAUAAGAGUAGAGCAGCACAGAUAG